AUGUCAAGAAAAGCGAAAAAUCGACCACUCCAGAUCUUCAUAGCGAACAUCGAGGAAAGUCUUCCAACACCCCUUGAUGUAGAAUCAAGCCUUCCGGGGCCACUGGCGGCUCUCUUGGACGCCUGCGCGGCUUCCAAAGUGAGUCCCGGUUUUGGCACCCCAGGUGUUUGGGCAUGGAUCCAGCCACUGCCACCAUGCUGCAAUUUCGGAAAGGCUCACUCGGCAAUUUACCGCGGAUGUGUCAACUUCAAAAACAAGAAGCAGCUCUCGUAUGCUGCCGCUGCCAGGAAGGUUCAGAGGCCUGCACCUUUCAGGAUUGAGCCUCCUAAGCCUCGAGAAGCUCCUGCUCCUGCCCCUCCUGCCACUGUAGAUUACAACGCGGAGCCCUCCACUGAAAACCGGGAGGGAGACUACUUCGAGAUGGUGAGACGUCGCCGUCAUCGCCCAGCUCGGAAGCCGGAAAAUCGGGGAGCUCGAUCUCGUUCAACUCCGAAGACCUCAUCCUCCGAGACACGUCAACCCCCUGCCUCUCAACAACUAGAGAACCCAACAAUCGAGAACACUCCUGCCCCUGCCAGACCAGCACUACCCAGGUCCACACCGAGACCUCGUGCUGGGCCACCUAAGCCUGCUACCAGCCCUGAACUGCAAGCCGCCCACACAAAACAUCACGCCGACUUCUCAGCCUGCUUCCCUCCUGCCUCAGGAUCUCAAGGAAGCUAUGACGGCCUCGUCAUCCCCUCUCUCCCGGAUUGA